AUGUCUGAAUCUCAUCGGUUAAUGACAGACCCUGAGCCGGUUCACCACGGCUAUCCUGGAUAUCCUGGUUUCCCAGGGUUUCCUGACUACACGCGCUAUUCUGGUCAUUCUAUUGACUCGCAUCACACAGAUCACACCGACAAGGAAUCAACUCGCAAUGGAUCAGCAGCACCCGACUCAACAAACGAGCUGGACUGGGAGGGCGACGAUGAUCUAGAAAAUCCUAGAAACUGGCCUGUGUGGAAGAAGGUCAUCCACACUGCCAUACCGGCGAUAUACACCUUUGGUCUAACAACAGGAAUCUCUACGCUCGUCGCUGGUCUGCCCGGAAUUAUGGAGGAAUUUAGCAUAACAAGCCGAAACGUUGGCUUGCUACCCAUCACACUGUACACCACCGGCUUCGUAUUCGGCCCCUGUAUAGCAGCCCCGAUAUCAGACAUCCACGGACGACUUGUCGUAUACAAGGUCAACAUCAUAAUACUCCUCAUUUGCAACGCAAUCGCCGCCGCAUCAGACAAUUUCGCUGUCCUAGUGAUCUUCAGGUUCUUUGCGUCGCUUGGAGGAUCAGGCGUGAUGGCAGUCGGGGCUGGCAGCAUGUCUGACCUCUGGCUGCCGCACCAGGUGAGCCGCGUGGGAGUAACAUAUCUUCUUGCUCCCUUCCUGGGACCUAGUAUGGGGCCUCUGAUUGGUGCGUACUCGAUUCAUCAAUACGGAGAUUGGAGAUGGGGCAUUUGGGUUGUUCUUUGCAUUCUCACACCUGUCGCUAUUGCUAUCUUCUUCUCGUCAGAGACAUCGAAGAAGGAGAUUCUUGCUGCUCGCGCAAGGAAACGUGGCCGGCAAAUCAAGACACAGGGUUUCUCCCAGGAACUGAGAAAGAUUGGCAGGGCCAUGCUCAAACCCUGGCACAUGUGUAUCUUUGAGCCUGUGUCACUUGUUCUAGGUCUGUACAGCGGCUUCUCCUUUGCGAUGAUUUUCUCUUUCUUCGGAUCGUACACCUAUGUCUACUCAACCGUCUAUCAAUUUGAUGCACGAGAAACUGGGCUUUGUUUCAUUGGUCUUAUCAUUGGAAUUCUUCUCGGGCUUGUGACAUUUGCCGGCUUUGACGCAACUUUGUAUCAGAAACAAGUGAAGAGAACUGGUGACAGAGUUCCUGCGGAGUAUCGAUUGUAUGCAGCUUUGGUUGGAAGUUUGCUUGUGCCUGUCGGCUUAUUCUGGUAUGCGUGGGCUCCAGAUGAAUCAGUGCACUGGAUAGUCCCCGUGAUUGCUGGAGUCCCAUUCGGAUGGGGUACCAUGGCAAGCUUUCUAUCUUGCUUGGGCUACCUGGUCAGCGCAUUUAAACCCGAAGAUUUGUCUUCCGCCGUUGCCGCAAACGGCAUUUUCCGGUUUGCUCUGGGAGCAGCAUUCCCCAAUUUCGUGUUUCAGAUGUACCAAGGAAUGGGCAUUCACUGGGCUGGUAGCGUGUUUGCGUUCAUCAGUCUGGCAUUUAUCCCAGUGCCGUGGUUGUUGUUCUGGAAGGGCGAGUUGCUUCGCAAGAGGAGCACGUACGAACUCAGCAAGUACUAG